AUGACCUGCUCUGGCCAGGAAGCAUGAACUUAUAGUCUUUUAGCAUGUACAAGCUGCUAUUUACAUCAAUACAUUUGUAAGAGCCAAUGCCCAACGCUUUGAAUACCUUCUGCUCCAAUUAGCAGUGACAACCCUUAUACAUGCACAGCCCCAGAUUCCACUAAGAGAUUGAUAUUUAAUUUUCACCAAUUUAAAUACGCAAUCGGUGACCCUGAUAAUCCAAGUCUUUAUGCUUUUCACGGACCUGAUAUUGAUAACAACCCGGAAACUUUGCCAUUACCAGGAAUUCAAAGAGGACUUUACUUUCCGAAUUCAGAAGUAUUUUUAAGUAAAAGUUCAGGGUCGAUUUUACUUUCAUUUGACCAUACAUGAAUAUUUUGGAUUAAAGUUGACUCUUCACAAGGUUCUAAUUAUCUUCUAAGUAAAAGAAAUAAUAGUGGAGAAAUGUCAAUGCAUAUUAAAAUAACUAGUGGAGGGUAUAUUUUAUUUGGUAGAAUAUACUGCAUUGAAACAUUCUCUCAAACCCAAACUUUAGCUACGAUGAGUAUAGGUGACAAUACUUGAAAUAUUAUCAAAAUUACCCAAGCUUAUAGCUUUACUUCUUACAGCACAUACCUAUACACAACCACAGUAUAUACAAAUAAUAUCGGGAUUUCAGGCACUACCAUUGCUGGCUCUCUAUACCACUAUGAUGAUCCUUCUUACGACGACCUAAGAAUUGGAAAUGGCAUUGUUGGGUGAAUAUUUCAAUUAAUUUAUGUUCCAGGUCUAGACACAUAUGCAUGGCCUAACGAUUAUACUGUAGGCAACCAAAUUACUUGUCCAAAAUCUUUAGAUCCCUUAUGUCUUGUUGAUUGCACAGUCAACCAAUUUGUAGAUGAUAAUGGUCUCUGCGCUAAUUGUCAAACCACCUGCUCAUACUGUAUAAGGAUCCAAAAUUGCAGCCCUUGCGGCUUAGAUUGCCAAAGUGGCUGUAGCAUCUCAGGAGUUUUUAACGGUUGUGAUACAAGCCCAUGUACACCUGCUAUAUCAAGCAGCUCUAUUACUGCUUCAUUUUCCACAGAUUUUUUAAAAAUCCAAUUCUCUUUUACUGUGGCUGCUGAUGGGUCUAGUAGUGGAUGCACCAAUUUAUUUGAUUCUUCGACUUAUUCUGCAUUUGGGUAUAGCCCGACUUGUAUUUUUAAUACUGACUUUACAAAAUUGGUGGUAAAUUUAGGAAAAGGCUAUACUUUUGGAGGAGGAUCUGCAGUAUUUAUAGCUGGGGCUUUAAAAAACCGUGCAGACACUUGUGAUACACCUUCAGUAACAGUCCAAGUGCCUAUUCCAGAUCCAUCUUCAUCACCUAUGCCUAAGUUUGCACUUUUAGCCCCUUCGGAAGUAAUUAUUAUGUGCCAAAAUCUUAUAUUGAAUGGGAUAACUGAUCCUGGCUGGCCUAAUGAGCAGUAUAAGUGAGAUAUUUCUUCUGAUCCUGCAAGUGCUACCAUUUCUUCCUAUUCUACAGAAUAUAGUUCAACCUUUGCAAGCAUUACUAUUCCACAAAGUAAAUUAGUUGAAGCAAUCAUUACUGUAUCAAUUAAAGUAAAAAAUCCUUUUAACAUUUUAUCUAUAACACAAACAGUUAAAGUAACUGCUGCUCCAAAGCUAUCUAUUACAUUUGACAGUACAAUCGCAAAAACAAUUUCAAGACUUAAAUCAUACUCUCUUUCAAUAAGCUCAAUUUCUGCAUGUGCCACGAUUUCCAGCUUAAAAAUUACUUGGUCAAUUGCAUCAGUCACAAAUAACAUGACAAGCAUUGACGAAACUUCUUUAUGAAGCAGCAAUAAAUUAUCAAGCUUUACUUUGAUUAUUCCUCCAGGAGUCCUGCCUUCUUUAUCGACUAUCACAUUUCAUGUCCAUGGCUAUGAUUCUGUAAAUAAGCUUGAAGGCGACGCAGAUUUAACCAUCCAAACAUUGGGCAAAUUAAUGGCGUAAAUAUAAUUGGGAAAAAAAUGCUUAAAAAGAAAAAUUAAAUAAAAAUUAUUAUCAUUUUUAAUUAAAAAAUAUAUGAGCCAAACAGACUCAAGCGAUCCGAUAAUUUUAUUUGACAGAACUGACGGACAAAUAGGAGUUAAUCAGCAGCUUGUUAUUGAUGCAAGUGGUUCUUAUGAUCCUGAUGGUACAAAAUCUAGUAUGAUUUACCUAUGAACUUGUAUUAUGCGUUAGCAUAAUUUCACACGGUCUCCAUACAUUUGACAUUUUUUACAUUAGGGAACCAAAAUUCCACAUGUGGAGCACUUAAGUGUAGAAACUCUACAUAUGGGAUUUUGGUUUUCACACGUGGGAAAAUGCCCCAAUGUGUAGAGACCAUACUAAAUCAUGCCAACGCAUAAUACCGUUUCUUCUUCUGACUGCUCAAAUAUUAUACAGGACACCUCAGCAAUAAAAUUGACAGUACCUACAAACUCAUUAAAUGUAGGAGGAAUUUAUACAUUUACGCUAAAAAUUACCAAAAGUCCAUGAAAUCCUAUCCACAGUACAAAUUCAGCAUCAAAAUCUAUUAUAAUUACUUGUAUACAAAAAACAGUCCCAGCUAUAAAUAUAUAUGAGAAAACUGUUGCUUAUGGUAAGCCAAGCCCAAAUGCAGCUUACCGUAUAGGAAUUCAAGGGCUAUCUGAUAAAGAUACUGUUUUAUGGUCUGUAGUAAAAGGCUCAUCAAUUGAAAUAGUGACACCUUUAAAUAGUGCAGCUUUAGUUAUAAAAGAAGGCUCUUUAUUGCAAGGACAGUCAUAUACCUUGCAAGCGCUUAUAAAUGGCGAAUUUCCUUUUUCUUGGUCAUUUUCUGUGAAUCAAAACCCAAUCGGCGGAUAUUUAAAAGUGACUCCAAACUCAGGGAUUGAAAUGAGCACCAUUUUUACAAUUGCAGCAUUGGAUUGGACAGACCCUGAUGGUGACUUGCCGCUUCAAUACUCUUUUGGGUAUUAUAUAAAUAAUAUUUAUCAAACCCUAAAUGCAAAAAAUCUUACCUCAAUUAUUUAUUCACAAUUCGCAUAUUCCAGUAAUGGAAUUAUCAUUUCAGCUAGCAUUUAUGAUUCUUUAUCAGCCGUAACUACUGUAACAUCUGUAGUAUCUGUCUCUUUACAACCUGAUUUAGACACAGAGAAAGCCCUUACUCCCCUCUGUGAGCGAACAAAAAAAUUUUUUUUGUUUAAGGAGCGAGGUAAUUUCUUUUAAAAUUUAUUAUUAUGAAUUUUUUUUCGAAAAUUGAAAAAAUCCCAAUUGCAAAGAAAAUAUUUAUUUAAUAUGCAAAAUUUAUUUUUAAAAGCAAUUUGUUUAAAAAUAUAGAAUUAGCUAUGGAUUUGUUUCGCUUAUAGAGGGAGUUAGCAGUAUUACAGAACAAAUAAAUUCAGAUACAACCCCGCCUUUAUCGAUCCCUUUAUUCGUCUCCCAAAUCGCCGCAUUAUUUCCUAAUAGAGAAUAUAUAACUGAUAAUAACUAUACAGCGUUAGAUGAUUCUAUACAGAAUGCAUAUGAUAUUUCUAUGGGCGCGAUUUCUAAAUAUACUGAUGCAAUGGACCCAAACGAUGGUGACUCACUCCCUUCUUUAAAUUGAAACCAAAAAAUGUGUUUUAAUUUAAGUAAAAAAAAAUAAAUAAACUUAUUGAUAUAAAAAAACCAAAUUUUUUUUUAAAAUAAGCAAGAUACGAGAAAUUUAAGAUUUCAAAUGGUUUAAUGCUAUCCCCACAUAAUUUAUUAUUUUUAUUCCAUAAAAUUAUUUUCGAAUGAAAAGAGGAGCUAAUUUCCUGAAUUUAAACGAUUUUUUGUUCAAAUACAAAGAAUAGAGUCAGCGAAAUCUGUAGGAGCUAUGCUUGACUCUAUGACGAAAAAUCCACAUGUGAACACUCAUGAUAAUGUAAAAAAGGUGGGGGAUUGCAUUAAUCACGUAAAAGAAAAAAUUGAUGGAAAAUCUAAAAUAAAGGACGCGGAUACACAGACCUUUGUAGGUGUUUCAGAUAACAAUUUUCAGGUUCAUGGGGAUAAAGUUAAAAAUCAUACUGAACUGAUGCAUGAAGUUGAUAAUAAUAUGAUAAAAAUUCAUGGAAUGGCAUUAGCAGGGAUGUCUAAAGAAGAGACGAAACAAUUUAGCAGCGAAAAAGUGAACACAGAAGUAUCAGUCCAAACUAUUGGCAGCUUAGGGAAUUGGACAACAAUUAUAAAAGAUGCCUCAGUUGUACUAGAUCCGAAUAUUACAGAUUCUUUAAGUAAUUAUACACAUGUAGGGACAAGCUUUGUAAGCUAUGAUCCUAUCCCUAGUGAGAAAAAUGCAACUUUUUCAAUUAUUUCUUUUAAUUUGAUUGACUUAACUACCUCAGCUCCAAUUUCUUUAAAUCACACUGCUUACCAUUCUUUAACGAUUCCAGUAUUAAAUUUUGACCCAAAUAUGAUUAAUAUCACUAAUAGUACCUCUUCAAAUUCCUCAUCAGAUUCCUCCUCAGGGUCCUCCUCAGACUCUUCUUCAGGCUCAAAUUCUACCUCAAAAAAUGGCACUUACGUUCAUGUCAUAAAUUGCAGCUAUUUAGAAAACAACGACUGAAGGUCUGAAGGCUGCAAAGUUAUAUCAUUUAACGAAACUUCUGUAAACUGUAAAUGUAAGCGCUUAGGUACAUUUACAGCAAUGGUUGAAGCAAUUUGAGUUGCUGCCGCUUCUAACAACGCAGGCGAUAUUAUUAAUAUCGGCGCCUUUUCAGGGAUUAAUUGAGAUAAUGCUAUUGGGCUAUAUUUUUGUAUAGGAGUUUUACUGUUUCAUUCCAUUUUGUCUAUGAUGGCACUUAAAAUGGAUGGAUUAGGGAAUGAAAAUAAAAUAAAUGCAAACGAAAAUAGCUCUUUACCUAGCUCUGGAGAUUUUACAGCGAGAUCUGAUGACUCAAUUAUAAUUAGUUAUGUGAGGAGCAAAUCACAAAAUUUUGAAAAUAAUACCGUUGUAGCUAUAGAUGAUCCUCAAGGGGAAUUUAAGAAUGAAAACGCGAAAAAAGAGCAAAAGCUUUCGAAAUUUCAGUAUGUUUUGCAUAACCACCCUUUUAUUAGAAUAUUCUUGACCCAUGAGAAUUAUUCACAUUUUUCGCUUGUUACAAUUUAUAGUACCUUAUUUUUAGGAAAUAUGUUCUUUAUAGGCCUGUUUUAUCAAAACAGCGAUUCUGAUAAAAAAUGAACUUUUAAUCUAAAAAAACUGAUAGAAAAUUAUGAUUUUCGAGAUUUUUGGGCAGGCGUUUAUGCAGCUUGUUUUACUUUUGGAUUAGGGAUCAUAUUGAAUUUUUUUGCGAAAAUGAAAAAAAUUCCACCAGGAAAUAAUGAAGACCCUAAAGUAAAGAAAGCCAAAAAAAUAAAUAAGAUCAAAAUCAUUAUUUUUUAUAUUUUAUCAUAUGGCCUUUUGAUAUUUUUCUGCUGGUCAAUUAUUUUAUUUUCUAUUCAAUUUGAUCUUGCGCCGUCUUGCAAAUGGGUUUAUAAUACAAUAUUAAAUUCUGCAGCGGAUAUAUUUUUUAUUACUUUUGUUAAAAUUGCUGCUAGAGUUAUUCUUAUUUGAUUUUUAACAAAAAUUGGUAUGGUAAUAGGGUCAAGACAGAAGCUCCCCAAUACCCCAGGGAGGCAUAAAAAAAUUGACUCAGAGAAUAAUGAAAAUCAAGAAGAGCAUAUCCCGAAACGAUGGAAGCGACGCUAUAAUAAGGAUAAAACCAAGAAUAAUGCCAAGUCAUAA